GGGCCGCAGCCCUCCCCGUCCCGCGCCAGCGGGCACAUUCGGCGCCGCCCGCGAGCCGGAGCGCGGCGCUGGGCGAGGCGCCGAGGCGGGCGCUGAGGCGGCGCCGCGCGAGCAGCAGCAGAGGCGGCGGCGGCCCCCAGCCCAGCCCGGCGCCGCAGCCGAGCGCGGGCCCCACGGUGCGGUAGCUCCCCAAGUUCCCGCCAUGAACUGCCGGCUUGGGGGACGGCGCGGCCCCGGGGACUACCGCCCCGGCCGGCGCGAUCGCAGCGCCCCGCGGCCCCGACGCGCCUAACGCUGCCGCCCGCCGGUCCCGCCGCCGCCGCCGCCGCCUCCGCCGCGCGUGUCCCCGCCGCCGCCUCGGCCGCCGCCGCGCCGCCGGCAGCAUGUCUCGGAGGAAGAUUUCGUCCGAGUCCUUCAGCUCCCUGGGCUCCGACUACCUGGAGACCAGCCCGGAGGAGGAGGGCGAGUGUCCCUUGUCCAGGCUUUGCUGGAACGGCAGCCGGAGCCCGCCCGGGCCGCUGGAGCCCCGGGUGGCCGCCGCCGCCGCCGCCCCGGCCCCCGCCGCCUCCGCUGCAGCCGCCGCCGCCACAGCCGGGGCCAGGAGGGCGCAGCGCCGGAGGCGGGUCAACCUGGACUCGCUGGGGGAGAGCAUCAGCCGCCUGACAGCGCCCUCGCCUCAGACGAUACAGCAAACUCUCAAGAGGACAUUGCAGUAUUAUGAACAUCAAGUUAUUGGUUAUAGGGAUGCAGAAAAGAAUUUCCACAAUAUUUCUAACAGAUGCUCCUAUGCCGACCAUUCCAACAGAGAGGAAAUGGAAGACGUCUCAGGAAUUCUCCAGUGUGCUGCUAAUGUACUAGGUUUGAAGUUUGAGGAAAUUCAAGAAAGAUUUGGUGAGGAGUUCUUUAACACCUGCUUCGAUGAGAAUGAGCGGGUGCUCCGCGCAGUAGGCGGCACGCUGCAGGACUUUUUCAAUGGCUUCGAUGCGUUGCUGGAACACAUCAGGACUUCUUGUGGGAAGCAGGCCGCGCUGGAGUCGCCGUCUUUCCUGUGCAGAGAGCUGGGUGCAGGCUCGCUCCUGCUGCGCUACUUCCACCCGCACCGCGUGGUCGGGCUGGCCAUGCUGGGGAUGAUCAAGGCCGCAGGGAAGAACAUCUACCGGCUGGACGUGGAGGUGGAGCAGGUGGCGGACGAGAAGCUGCGCCCCGACGGCGCCACCCUGGGCAACUGCGGCUGCCUGACUUUCCUCAUCAGAGAAUGUGGAAACCCUGCGCUCACCAGGAACCCUGCGCAGGGAGCCUCGCGCGUCCCCGCGGACCUCAGCAUCGGCAUCAGCACCUUCUGCAGAGCCUUCCCCUUCCACCUCAUGUUCGACCCCAGCAUGUGCGUCCUCCAGCUGGGCGAAGGGCUGCGCAAACAGCUCCGCUGCGACGCCCACAAAGCGCUCAGGUUCGAGGACUGCUUCGAGAUCGUGUCCCCGAAGGUCAGCGCCACCUUCGAGAGGGUCCUGCUGCGACUGUCCACCCCGUUCGUCAUUAGAACAAAGCCUGAGGCUUCCGGCGCUGAAAGUAAAGACAAGGUGAUGGAGGUCAAAGGACAGAUGAUCCAUGUGCCAGAGUCCAACUCCAUCCUCUUCCUGGGCUCCCCGUGUGUGGACAAGCUGGACGAGCUCAUGGGCCGAGGGCUGCACCUCUCAGACAUCCCCAUCCAUGAUGCUACCCGAGAUGUUAUUUUGGUUGGUGAGCAGGCCAAAGCCCAAGAUGGCUUGAAGAAGAGGAUGGAUAAGUUAAAGGCAACUUUAGAAAGAACACACCAGGCCCUGGAAGAAGAAAAAAAGAAGACGGUGGAUCUUCUGUAUUCUAUUUUCCCGGGUGAUGUGGCCCAGCAGCUGUGGCAGGGGCAGCAGGUGCAGGCCCGGAAGUUCGACGAUGUCACUAUGCUCUUCUCAGACAUCGUGGGCUUCACGGCCAUCUGUGCCCAGUGCACGCCCAUGCAGGUCAUCAGCAUGCUGAACGAGCUGUACACCAGAUUCGACCACCAGUGCGGGUUUCUGGAUAUCUAUAAGGUGGAAACAAUAGGUGACGCAUACUGUGUGGCCGCAGGACUCCACAGAAAAAGCCUCUGCCACGCGAAGCCCAUUGCUCUGAUGGCCUUGAAGAUGAUGGAACUUUCCGAAGAGGUGCUGACACCUGAUGGAAGACCAAUUCAGAUGAGGAUAGGCAUUCACUCAGGUUCCGUGCUGGCUGGAGUUGUUGGGGUGAGAAUGCCACGUUAUUGCCUGUUCGGAAAUAAUGUCACUCUGGCAAGCAAAUUCGAGUCGGGAAGUCACCCUCGGCGCAUCAACAUCAGCCCGACCACUUACCAAUUAUUAAAACGAGAAGAAAGUUUCAUAUUCAUUCCUCGGUCCCGUGAAGAGCUUCCAGAUAACUUUCCAAAGGAAAUCCCUGGGAUCUGCUAUUUCCUGGAGGUAAGAACUGGUCCAAAGCAGCCAAAGCCUUCUCUCUCCUCAUCAAGAAUAAAAAAAGUUUCCUACAACAUCGGCACCAUGUUCCUUCGGGAGACGAGCCUCUGAGACCUGCUGCAGAUCAAAAACUCCUCCAAAAAGCACAAGCCCAGCACCUGGGGCAGGACAGGAGCCUGGAGAGAGAUGGUUUCUCUCUCAGUGAGUGCGUCGCUGAAAACAAGUGUGGAAUUUCUGUGUUAUGUCAGGCAAUAAUCAUAGAAAAAGAUGGGUGACUACUGCUAAUAAAAAAGCUGGAGCAUGAGG